AUGACACCUGAUAACAACAACCACGUCGUCCAUCAUCCACAGGCUGUUCACCCACGCUCUCUCGACCGUGCCCGCAGCAGUUCACGACAUUCGACCACCCGCAAUGGCUCGAGUACAGCUUUCGAGCCUGCGAUGGCUGACGAGAAUGAGACUAUCGCUAGGAACGUAUCUCAUAUGACUGAUGUCGAGAGUCAGCUCACCGCCACUGGUCGUCGACAGACCAGCUGCCUUGAUCAUGAUCCAUAUGGCCUCUCACGCGGGUACAAGACCGAGUCUGAUCUGGAACAGAUCAAGGCCAACACUUCACGGAAGCGCGAUAGCCUCCCUGGCCGUAGAUCUGUUCCCAGCAAGAUGAGCCCCAAGGCAAAGGCUCGCAAGCUGCAGGGCUUCUACAAGAACCAAAAUGCUGCCAUUGAUCGCAUGCUCAAGUCUGUUGAGGAACAUCGUGACGAAGCCCGCGACCAGCAUGGCGAAGACCAACUCAAGUUUCGCAUUGCUGUCUGGGGCUCUUUCGCGGCCAACGUUGCCUUGUCAGGAGUUCAGCUCUACGCUGCCAUCUCUUCAAAAUCUCUUUCUCUUUUUACCACCAUGGCCGACUCCGUAUUCGACCCUCUUAGUAACCUCACCCUCAUUUUGUCGGCUCGAGCCAUUCGCCAUGUCGAUUCUAGGCGUUUUCCUGCUGGUAAAGCUCGUCUCGAGACUGUAGGCAACAUUGUCUUCUGCUUUCUCAUGAUCGCUGUCUCACUCAUUAUCAUUGCUUUUGCUUGCCAAGAACUAUCUAGGGGAGUCCAAGAGAAGGCAUUCAAAAUUGCUGCUGUUAUGUCUGUCUGCUGUGCUUUCGCCACCAAGUUCGUACUCUUUCUCUACUGCUGGGCACUCAAGGACAAGUACAGCCAGAUCAACAUUCUAUGGCAGGACCACCGCAACGAUCUUUUUAUCAAUGGCUUUGGUAUCUUGACUUCAUGUGGUGGCGCGAAACUGAAAUGGUGGAUUGACCCUAUGGGCGCUAUCAUUCUGUCUGUCCUCAUCUCAUGCAUCUGGCUACACACCGCCUUUGGAGAAUUCCUGCUCAUCGUCGGAGUUACUGCAUCUGUCGAAACGCAGCAGCUCAUCACGUAUGUAUGUGUUACACAUGAUGACGCAGUUGUUGGCAUCGAUACCGUACGCGUGUAUCACUCGGGUCCUCGCCUGAUCGCCGAAGUGGACAUUGUCAUGGAUCCGGCACAAACACUUCAAGAAAGCCAUGAUAUAGCAGAGGCGCUGCAGAUCAAGCUGGAGGAUCUGCCAGACAUUGAGCGAGCAUACGUCCACAUUGAUUACGAGACGACACACAAACCAGAACAUGCAUUUAAGAAGGAUAUGUAG